CCACUCAGAGAGACCGGCUGCAUUUCCCUCUGUAGGAAUGUUUGUGUUUGUGGCGCUCUGACCAAUGGACAGAGGGGUGCUUUGCUUCAGGGGGGGAGAAAAGAGAGAGAGAGAGAAAGGGAGGAGGAAGAAGGAGAGAGAAAGAGUCAGCAGAGAUCUCUGGCUGUUUGAGGACUGGGGACAGGGAGGACUAGCACAGUUUGACCUUGAGGAGGCAUCAGACUGCUGAAAUCCCAGAGAGACUGAGAACUGCGAGGGGAAGGAGUAAGGAGAGAAGGAGAGAAGGAGAGGAGACAGCCACCGGGUUGUCCUGUCUGUUUAUGGUUAAACUAUAGAGAUGGCACAAUUAAUAUUAAGCGGAGCUAAGUGGCUUCAAGAGGAUAAAUAAAGGCUAAUGUCUGCUGGGCCUCUGUGGAUUUUUUUUACCGGUCAUGGCUCAUCUCUGCAGAAAAGGUUUGUCAGAAUGAUACCAAAGUACACGCACCUCCGCCGUCGCAAAGAGUUUGUGUGAGUGAAGUUAUGGAGGCGGUCUUGUUGGGUCUAGACGAGGCCGGUUGCACUCGGCAGGCUUUGCUGUGGACUCUCACCUCAACUGCCCUCCGUCGUCUCCGCGUGCACGUCAGGAACUUUCCUGCACCCCUGCAUCUGUUACACACACACAGGUGUGUUUCAAGGCCACUCUACCAGAUGACAGAGGGAAGGCGAUGUCAGGUCCAUCUCCUGGAUGACAGGAAGCUGGAGCUCCUUGUACAGCCCAAGCUGAUGGCUAAGGACCUGCUGGACCUUGUGGCCUCUCACUUCAACCUCAAGGAGAAGGAGUACUUUGGCAUUGCAUACACAGACGAAACGGGCCAUUUUAGUUGGCUGCAGUUGGAUCGCAGGGUAUUAGAACACGAGUUCCCCAAGAAGUCUGGCCCCAUCAUGCUCUACUUUUGUGUCAGGUUCUACAUCGAGAGUAUAUCCUAUCUGAAGGAUAAUGCCACUAUUGAGCUAUUUUUUCUUAAUGCCAAGUCCAUCAUCUACAAGGAGCUCAUUGAAGUGGACAGCGAUGUCGUCUUUGAGUUGGCUUCCUAUAUUCUCCAAGAGGCUAAAGGUGAUUUCACCAGUAAUGAUGCAACCAGGUCUGACCUAAAAAAGCUGCCUGCGCUGCCCACCCAGGCCCUAAAGGAGCACCCAUCUCUGGCCUACUGUGAAGAGCGGGUCAUAGAGCAUUACAAGAAGCUCAAUGGGCAGUCUAGAGGACAAGCUAUUGUUAAUUAUAUGAGCAUUGUGGAGUCCCUGCCCACAUAUGGAGUACAUUACUAUGGUGUAAAGGACAAGCAGGGGAUACCGUGGUGGUUGGGUCUGAGCUAUAAAGGCAUCUUUCAGUAUGACCACCAGGACAAAAUUAAACCUCGAAAGGUGUUCCAAUGGAGGCAGUUGGAGAACCUCUACUUCAGAGAGAAGAAGUUUUCAGUGGAAGUUCAUGACCCCAGAAGUAGGGCGUCUGUGACCAGAAGGACAUUUGGUCACAGUGGCAUCGCUGUGCAUACUUGGUACGCCUGUCCCGCACUCAUCAAGUCCAUUUGGGCCAUGGCCAUCAGCCAACACCAGUUCUACCUGGACCGCAAGCAAAGCAAGUCUAAGAUCCACGCUGCGCGGAGUUUGAGUGAGAUCGCUAUAGACCUUACAGAAACAGGAACUCUGAAGACCUCAAAACUGGCCAACAUGGGCAGCAAAGGCAAGAUCAUCAGCGGUAGCAGUGGCAGUCUGCUCUCCUCAGGUUCUCAGGAAUCUGACAGCUCCCAGACUGCUAAGAAGGACAUGCUGGCAGCCCUGAGGGCCAGGCAGGAAGCUCUGGAGGAAACGCUAAAGAAGAGACUAGAGGAACUCAAGAGCAUCUGCAUCCGAGAGGCGGAACUGACAGGAAAGCUUCCCAAGGAAUAUCCUUUGGAUCCGGGAGAGGAGGCACCCACAGUGAGAAGGAAGAUUGGUACUGCUUUUAAGCUGGAUGAGCAGAAAAUUCUUCCGAAGGGAGAGGAGGAAGAACUGGAGCGUUUGGAGCGGGAGUUUGCCAUCCAGUCCCAGAUCACCGAGGCCGCCAGGCGCCUUGCCAGCGAUCCUCACGUGAGCAGCAAGAAGCUGAAGAAGCAGAGGAAGACGUCUUAUCUGAACGCACUGAAGAAGCUCCAGGAAAUUGAGAACUCUAUCAACGAGCACCGGGUCCGCUCUGGCAAGAAGCCAACACAGAGGGCGUCUCUUAUCAUAGAAGAAGCCAAUAUCGGUUCUGAAGACAGUUCAUUGUCCGAUGCACUUGUCUUGGAUGAUGAUGAUUCUCAAGUUACAGGUACCCCUACCUUCUCGCCGGUAGCAUCGCCUCACAAGGGUCUCCCUCCUCGACCACCAUCUCACUGUCGGCCUCCUCCACCACAGUCCCUGGACGGCCUGCGACACCUGCACUACACGCGCUCUGAUUACGAUAAAUCACCCAUCAAACCCAAGAUGUGGAGUGAAUCAUCGCUGGAUGAGCCUUAUGAAAAAGUCAAGAAACGCUCUUCUCACUCCAGUCACAGGCGCUUCCCAAGCUCUGGCAGUGCAGAAGCAGGGGGGAGUAACUCACUGCAGAGCAGUCCCAUCAGAAGCCUCCCUCACUGGAAUUCUCAGUCCAGCAUGCCAUCGACCCCAGACCUGAAGACCAGGACCACACACUACGUACAUUCCACAAGAUCAGUGGACAUCAGUCCCACCCGUCUGCACAGCCUCGCUCAGCACUUUAGGAACCGCAGCUCAAGCCUUGAGUCUCAGGGCAAACUGUUGGUGCCCGACCCUGACGCACACCUGCACACUUUGGGCACACUGGGCAGCCCUGAAUUCUUCUUGGGCCCAGGACGUGGCUCAAAUGGAUCUGACCCACUGGAUGACUGCUCAUCCUGCACCAGCCAAAGCAGCUCAGAGCAUUACUACCCUGGUGGACCCCCAGGAAGCAACCCCAACUACUCCACUCUGGGAGAGGACUCACCCUCCAAAGCCAGGCAGAGACAGAGGCAAAGGCACAGGUCUGCAGGUCACCUGGGUUCCUCUAACUCUGGCUCCAUGCCAAACCUGGCGGCUAAGAACGGCUCUGUUGGAGGCUCAGGAGGAGGUGUGAUGGGAGGGGGACACCACGGGGUCUACCUUCACAGUCAGAGCCAGCCCUCCUCCCAGUACCGCAUUAAGGAGUACCCGCUAUACGUGGAGGGCAGCCCAAACCCAGUGGUGGUGCGCAGCCUGGAGAGCGAUCAGGAGGGCCAUUACAGCGUGAAGGCUCAGUUCAAGACCUCAAGCUCCUACACGGCUGGGGGACUGUACAAAGAGGCCUGGGGGGGAGAGGAGGGCGGCGAGGGGAGCGGCAGACUAACGCCGUCGCGCUCUCAGAUCGUACGGACUCCGUCACUGGGGCGGGAGGGUGGUGGAGGUGGAGUAGGGGGGAGGGUAGCAGUGUCUGAAGAGCUGCGGUGUUGGUACCAAAGGUCCUCAGGAAGCCUGAAGGAGAGGAGUCACUCGGGGUCUACUUCCUCCGAGACAGGGUCACAGCAAGGCACCUUGGGACAUGGUCGAGGGAGUAGAGUAGGAACACUUGCCAAGGGCUCACCAGCUGCAUCCCCUCACAGCCAGAGGAGUAUGACACCCUCCAGCGAACACGCAGCCACGCCCACACCCCCCUGCAGCCCACAGCACAUCCUCAACUGGCAGAGCGGAGGGACAGCAGACAGCUCUCCUACUGUGGACGUCUGUCAGUCUCCCCCUCAGCCCAGCUCUGAUGCAUAGAGGUCUUUCAGUGACAGCUGUUUUCUCAGCAGCCCCCUGUGUUCAGAGCUGGCAGAUGUGCAGUGGUAUGGACAUGACAAGGCUAAACCCGGAACCCUGGUCUGAGACCUUUCCUGAAGGGCCCAGAAAAGGGCCUUUUGCCCUCUCCUACUGCGUCUCCACUGUCCCUCACCACUACUCAUUGACAACUGACAACCUCAUCCUUAAAGCCCUACAAAAAAAACCCUAUCCUGACUGGACUGGAGGACUGGACAUGAGCCUCCCUCCUCCCUUAACCCUUGCGUCCUCCAUCCAUCUCACCACCUCUUUAUUAAGCCCCUUUCUCCACAGCUCAGCUGGACAGGGACACACACUCGCUGAGCUCUGAGGAGGGCUGACUUCACAAGACAGACUGAGAAGUACCACCUCAGCUGUCAGACUGAUCCUUGCAGCACCACAGAGCCCCCUUCUUCACUCACUCUCAGCACACACGCAAACAACAAGAAAGAGCGACGGGAAGAGAGAGAGCACAGAGAAAUAUAAAUCAUACAAAUCAACUGAACCCGACAUCGGUCGUGCUAUGAUCAUAUCUCAGUUUUGGUCCCUCGUUGAUCUCAUUGAUUGACGCCAGUGCACUGCCACCCAAUCAGAGGAUACCUGCUGGAUUUGAGCCACCAGUUUAAAAAAAUAUAUAUUUCAAGGCCCAAAUGAACUGUGUUGGAUUCCAUUAUUAUCAUUAAUGUUGUUUGUUCUUCUUUGUUUAUUCAUCCCUGCAUAUUUAUAAGAAGAGAAGAUGACAAAAAACUAUUGAAAAAACAAAAGAAAUCACCCAACGUUAGAGAUGACAAAAUUCAACUCCUCUCAGUUCAACCCACAACCAAAGACACCUACUGGAUUAACCGGUCGGUCCAACAGGGUCCCUGGGCUGGUACUCUCUCCAAAAGGGAUGGCAUCAGGAUGGUUUCGCGGGACUCCUUCUGGGAUAUUAAACGAGGACUACAGCAAUAACAAAGAACACAAGCUGGAUUGAAACUACAGAGUGUGUUGAAGCGACUCUUUGCCUUUGUUCUCAGACUUGUGAGGUCUGGAGUAACCAUGAGGAUCAUUUAGAGUUGUCAUUGGGGUUGACAUUAACCUAUGCUCAUUUCAGUGAAUUCAUCAUACAUGUUUAUUUAAUGUCACUGGACAAGUUUUCUCUGUCCCACAACAGUCUGGUUUUUCCACUUUGUAUUUGUACAGAGCCGGAGUAAGGGAGGGUUUCGGUCGAGGUGAAAAAGUCAUUUUAAGUGUUACUGUGGCCAGUCAAAUAUACAGUUUUAAUUUGGGAGUAUUUGUGAUAUAAGAAAUUGUGAUUCUAUUUUCAAUCCUGAGAGGAGAAGCUGACAUUUCCAGUAACAUCCAUUCCUUUUUGUUUGAUGAUUUUUACCUUCUCAUGGCUUUCUCCUCUGGUCUUUGCUCUUCACCAGUUCUCACCAUGCUGAGUAUCAGUCAGCACCCCUCGUAGCACUGUGGUUUCCUCAUCUGUUCUCAUGACUGAACACCUACAAUUUAAACUUAAAAUGCUGGCUCGGACACACAGGACAGUGACCACACCUCACAUUAAUUAUGAGCAUGCGGGAGUGCAAGUUUUUCAGUGCCAAACAUGUUGGUGCUUUACAUUUGUACUGUUUUUCAUCACAGGAAACAGAGACUCCAUUUAGAUUCAUACUCCUUCAAAUCACAAUGAUUAGCCCCCCCUCAGUCUGCAGACGUUUCUAAAAGAAGAGAGAAGCCCCUGAAAAGACUGCUCUAGGAUUAUUCAAACGUUCUUUUAAGAGCACAACAUCAAAAGUGUGUAUGGGGCUUGGGCCUACAAUUAGAGUGUGCACAUUUCCCAACGUCGAUAUUUUGAUUCAUUUGUUGUGACAAAGUGUGUGAGGGGGAACUGCAAACAUUAGACAGAGGUGAAACAUUUUUUUUUUUUAAAUACUUAUAAAAAGAAGUACAGGUACUUUUUUUCUCAGUCAUCACAGUCAAAAAAUCAAAUGUUAAGAUCAGGUUUGAAAAAGCACAUCUGAUAUGUAUGAAGGAAGAACUCUGCAUGUGUUGGCUGUGCCUGAAUCAUUCCCCCCCCCCCCCCCCCCCCUCCAUUCACCCCUUAACUAGAGUUUGUGUUGAGAACUGUCGCGUCAUUGUUGCAAUAAACCUGAAUCAACACAGUUUUAAUUUAAGAGAACAGAUUGUACAUCUCAUAGUAAAGCAGAUUUUUUUUUUUAUCUUAUAGCCCUUUAUGUCUGGUGAAAUGGUGUUACAAUCAGUGUGGCAAUUGUGUUUCCCUAAUGCCGUCACAUCAGUCGUUACGAUCUACCAUUAUCUGGUCUAUUUAAUUAAGAUGACAGUUCUUAACUGCAUGAGUUUCACACCAACACCCUGUACCAAAUCAAUCAAUCUUUUAACCAGGAUUUGAAACCAGCACUCUCUGGUUACUGUGUUGUAGGGAAAAAAAAUUACAAUACUGUUAUUCAAGCGGCCAAUCAGAGUGCAAGUUUGUCCCUGCUUCGCUCUGUCAAAGUGUCUCCUCAUGAAGACGUAAUCCUGUGCAUGCCCCUGCAGCUCCACUGACAAAUAAAGACCCCAAAGAUAUUCAGCGUCUUACUUUCAUGAGCACGUUUCUCUCCAUAGUGCCCCCCCACCCCUCCCAAAAGAAGUCCUGUUAUAACUUUGUGGUAAUCUCUGACCUCUGAGCCCAAUGUGAAGAAGUGUGACGCCCCCCCUCUCCUCUGUAGCUCCAAAACGUACCAGAUCUCCUGUGCUCCAUAGAAAUGUAUGAGGUUUUUUUGUAACACUCCUAAGAGAAAUAAAACUAACUCUUUUAUCAGUUUCUACCUGUAUGUACGGAGGGGCGCUGUAAGGUUUUUGUCGGGUUUUUAACAUUCACAAUUCAUUGUUUUAACAAUGUGUCAUUUUAUAUGAACAAGUAUUUGUUUUUAAUAUUAUUUUUGUUCUGACAUAACAAACCCCUUUCAGGUGCUACAAAAAAGACCAGUUACUGCUUUGUCGCGUAGGAUCUUUAGUCACCUCUUCAUUGAUUUUCAAUAGAUUCAAUACCAGAUGUGCGAGAUGACGCUUAUUUUAACAGACAGAAAUCAUAGUUGGAACACUUCCCCUACCAGACAAUAGAGCAUGUAACAUGAUUUUAUCAGUUUCUGUUCAACUGUAACAAUGCAUUAAAGGUGUUGUAGAAAAAUAAGUGGAAUUGAUUGACAAAAAAAAAAAAAGAAACUGAAUUCCACAGUUAAUUUAUUCUUUUUUCUAUUAAAAAUUUGUAUAGUAACUUUACAUUUUUCAAAAAGUGUGUUGUUGGAAAUUGAUGCUGAAUUUUCAAGAUGAGAAGCCGUGAUGGUUCUUCAGAAUAAGAAAAAUAAAUUAUUGAUGAAUGUUCUCAA